GGGCGUGGUGCUGCUGACGCGGCUUGUAAAAACGCAAUUUAACUUUCGGGACAGCCAGCACACGAUACGAGGCCGGAGAGGCGGUUAUACUGCCUGUACCCGGAAGGAGAGGAAUCCGAAAACAAAUCCGGCAACUUUCCCUUCGCCCGUUCGAAGCCCUGCAGACAUGCCCCGUCCUUGAGAGCUUCUUUUCGGCAGCUCUCCCAAGGAAGCGGGUAAUUCCCCCUUCUUGCGGUUGGAGGCGAAGAGCUUCCGCCCAGGAGGAGGAGGAGGCGGUUUUACCGCUCCCCUUGGGCCUUGCCUCCCGGCCCCUGACGACGCAUCGAUUCCUUAGCAACCAUCUCCGAGGCCCGGGCUGCACGCCGUGGUAGUGGCGGAGACAGGCUGGGGCUGCUGUGUGUUGGCAUUUCUUGGUGAGGGGAGAGCGGCAGCGCGAGGGUUUUAGGGGAGGAGCUUUGAAGGAACAGUAACUAUAGAAGUGUUGGUGAUUCAUACUGUGCAGAACUUUCCUUCCAUUCCACUUAAGGGUAAAAGAAAUACUGGCAUCCCAAAAUGCAGGAGCCAGUUGCUGGAGAACCAAAUGCAGUCCCUCCCCCAGUCCACACUGUCAUAAUAAACCCUGCAGCCAACAGCAGGCGAAUGAGACGGAUUAUUGCUGAAGAUCCUGAGUGGAGUCUAGCCAUAGUUCCACAGCUCACAGAACUCUGCAUCCAGCAUAUAAUCAACAACUUUGAAAAAAAUCCCAUUUUAAACAGCCUCAUUCCUGAGCAUCAAAAGAAGGUGCUGGAGAAGCUUUCCACAAGUCUGCCCCUCACAGUGACAGCCAAUUUGGUUAGUGAUGAAGGUUACUGGAAACGGUGCUGCACUGAGAGAUGGACUGUCUGUGAUGUGUCCCGUUAUGGAGGUAGCUGGAAGCGCAUGUUCUUUGAACGACACCUGGAGAACAUCCUGAAGUUUUAUAUUCCUGACACAACUAGCCCCAACCAAGUCCUAGAUAUCAUCCCACUCUGCAAAGAGUAUGUAAGGAAGCUGGAGAUUGACCAGUUCCUGCCACCAGUGAAACUAGAUCAGAAGAAGGAAGAAGAAGAAGAAGAAGAUGCCUCUGAUACUGAAAGUGAUGCUGGAAUGGAUGAACCUUCCAUGGAUCAUUUUGAUCUAAGUAUGCUUGUCCCAGCACUCUGUCACCUAGAGGAGCUGCAUUUGUCUUAUGGUGUUAAAGAUUGUGGCAUGAAUUUUGAGUGGAAUUUAUUUGAGUUCACCUUUCGGGAUUGCUGGUCAUUGGCCAUGGCUCUCAAGAAGUGUCCAACCCUAAAGGUCUUCAAGCUAACUCGUAGCAAAGUGGAUGAUGAAAAAGCCCGGAUAUUGAUCCAACAUUUAUUAGAUCACCCUUCAUUGAUAGAACUGAACUUAUCGCACAACCUGCUUGCAGACCGGGUUGCCCGAGCUGUUGGCAAGCUGAUCAAUCGCAGCAAGCUGGUAUCCGUUAACCUGUGUGAUAACAGGAUCCGGGCUCAAGGAGGCCAGGCUAUCGCUCAUGCCCUGUCCAAGAAUGCUGUUUUAACAUCCCUAAACCUGCGCCUCAAUUGCAUAGAGGAUGAGGGAGGUCAAGCCAUUUGCCAUGCCUUGCUGGUUAACGACACCUUGACAACCCUUCACUUGGGCAGCAAUGAACUCUCGGAGCCCACAGCCACCCUCUUCUCUCAAGUUUUGGCUCAGAACACGGCUCUGACUCACAUCAAUCUCUCCUGUAACCACAUUGGUCUAGAUGGAGGAAAACAGCUACUGGAAGGCAUGACUGAUAACAAGACUGUAGUGGAAUUUGAUCUGAGGUUGGCAGAGGUGGGACAAGAGAGUGAGUAUCUCAUUAACCAAGCCAUAAAGACCAACCAGGAGCUAGCACGUCUGAAAAGCCUUCAGCGCCAAACACCCACACCUGGCCCAAGCAUUAUUGAAGAAAAACAUUCAGAGUUAGACUAAUAUUUUCAGUGUUUCUGCCUUCCCUGCUACAGCCUCAGAUUAAAAGUUUAUUUUGACUGAG